AUGAUGGCGUACGGCGCGCGCGCGCUGAGGCGGCACACCUGCGCGCUGCCCAAAAGGAAAAGGGCGCUCCCCCGCCCGCACAGCGCAGGGAGAACCUUCUCCUCCAUCUGUGUGGACAACCUGCGAAACAUCGGAAUCAGCGCGCACAUAGAUGCAGGGAAAACGACGCUAACGGAGAGGAUUCUUUACUACACAGGAAAAAUAAAAAGCAUACAUGAGGUGAGAGGGAGCGAUGGAGUAGGUGCCACCAUGGAUUCAAUGGACCUCGAAAGAGAGAAAGGGAUAACCAUUCAGUCCGCAGCAACGAACUGUAAUUGGCACUUUAAUAAUAGUAGCUACACCAUUAACAUAAUAGAUACCCCAGGGCACGUAGAUUUUACCAUAGAAGUGGAAAGAUCCCUACGAGUGUUAGAUGCAGCGGUUCUGGUCGUUUGUGGAGUGUCUGGGAUUCAAAGCCAAACAUUAACCGUGAAUAGACAAAUGAACAGAUAUUUCAUCCCGAGGCUUUUAUUUAUUAAUAAGCUAGAUAGAGACGGUGCAAAUGUAGGUAGGACACUCAGUACCAUCGAGCAGAAGCUCAAUCUGAAUACUCUCCUUUUGCAAAUGCCAAUUGGAAUUGAGCAGAAGUUUAAAGGAGUGUAUGACCUUGUUUCGAGGAGGUGCUACUUAUUUAAGGGCCUAAAUGGGAUCAUCGUGGAGGAGGUGAACGAUGAUGAGGUGACUGCACACGAUCCGUCCUUCUCGCACGAAGUGGUGGAAAUGCUUAGGACCCGUAUCUUCGAAAAGCUAGCCGAUGUGGAUGACGAAUUUGCGGAGGUUUUCCUCAACCAGGAAAUGGGGGACAUCCGGGUGGAAGACGUGGCUAGCGCCAUCCGCAGGUGCACCAUCAGGAACGCCAUCGUGCCCAUCUGCCUGGGCAGCGCCAAGAACAACGUGGGCGUCCAAAUCCUGCUCAACUACGUGUGCAGCUUUUUGCCCUCCCCGCGGGAGGUGCCCAGCUACGGCUACGUCUACGAGGGGGGAGCGGCGAGCCAUGCGAGCGACGCGAACGGGGAGAACUCCGCUAACUCGGCCAACUCCUCCACUGCCGCUGACUCCGCUAACUCGGCCAACUCCUCCACUGCCGGGCGACGGCGCGUGGAGCUGCGGUGCGACAGCGCGCUGCCCAUGGUGGGCUUCCUGUUCAAAAUACAGGAGGACGCCUUGCACGGCCAAAUGAGCUACCUGCGCAUCUACCAGGGGAAAAUCAAGAAGAAGGACAGCAUCACCAACAUGCUGACCAGCAAGCGGGAAGUGGUGAAGAAGAUACUCAAAAUGCACGCGAACAUGGCUCAGGAAGUGACCGAAGCGCAUGCAGGGGACAUCGUUGCAAUUAAUGGGAUCAGCGGGAGCACGGGGACGACUUACACGAACGGAGUCUCCUCGAAUUUGCACCUCCUAAAUAUACAUGUGCCCAAGCCAGUCAUAUCCGUGGCAGUGCAGAUAGAGAAGAAGGGGGACAUGACCAAGCUGACCAAGGCGUUAAACAAGUUCGUGAAGGAAGACCCAACAUUCCACGUGAAGACGGAUGACCAAACGAAGGAAAUUCUGUUCGAAGGAAUAGGAGAACUCCAAUUGGAAAUCUACAAAGAGAGGUUAAAAAGGGAAUACGGCAUAGGGGUCCAACUGAAGAAUCCUCGAAUUAAUUUUAAAGAAACUAUCACGAAGCCGUAUGAGUGUACAUACACAUAUAAAAAACAAAAGGGAGGUGCAGGACUGUAUGCACAUGUUCAUGCGAUUUUCGAAACUGUAUCAGAUGAUUACAACGAAACGAGUUACUGCUCCUUCGUUAAUGAAGUGGUGGGAAAUGAUCUCCCCAAAAAUUUUAUUUUAUCAAUUGAGAAGGCCUUUAAAGAACAAGUUGAGAAAGGUUACCUGAACAGUUCAGAAAUUAUUAACAUGAAAAUGAGGUUGAUUGGAGGGAAGAUUCACGAAGUGGAUAGCAACGACUUGGCAUUUAAAAGAGCCACCAUUCAUCUGAUUAAAGAAAACUACCACAACUUUGUUCCCGUUCUUUUGGAACCCAUUAUGCUCGUCGAAAUUAUUUCCCACUACGAACAUCAGAGCAACAUCCUCACCAGCAUCACCAAGCGGAAGGGACUGGUCACCAACAUCGUUAACCACAUGAACGCCGUUCAUAUUUACGCGGACAUUCCCCUGAAGCACAUGUUCAAUUACAUCAACGAGAUUCGCUCCAUUACGCAGGGCCAGGGCACCUACACCAUGGAGUUCGCCCGCUACGAGCAGGUCCCCCGGAGCGACUUGGACGCGCUCCAGCGCGGGGGGUAA